AUGAAUUGGUUGUCAUAUUUUGCAGAAAUCGAGAAGAAUGUGAACAUGUCGAUGCUCUUGAUUCUACUCGUUUUUUUAUUGAACGCCGCUGCUCAAAAAUUGGCUGUUGUGAUAGUUGAUGGUCUCGCGGCGAACACGUUUCACAAAUUCUCGCAUAUGCCGGCAUUUCGAACGUUCGAAGAGGAGGGCGUCUGGUCGACGAAACUGAUUCCCGUGUUUCCGACAUUCGCCAUCUCGAAUCGCCAUUCGCUUCUCACCGGCGUGCCGCCGAAACGCCACGGAAUUAUCGGCGAUUUUAUUUACAAUUGGAAAAACCAUAGGAGAUUCCACAAUUUCACCGAAACCAGCGAUUUCUCAAGAGAUUGGUGGUCAAUCGAGCCGAUUUACAUCUCAGCAUUGCGCUCAAAAGCUUCCGUCGCGAUGUUCUUCUUUCCGGAAUGUCAAGUCGAAUGGGAGCUCUCGCCGCAUAUUUGCGUCCCGUCGCGCGGCAAAUCCUUCUCCGACGAAUCGCAAGCAAAACUCAUCGUGAAAUCAACAAUGGAAAACGAUUUGACGCUCAUCUAUCACCCAAAAAUUGGCGACGAACUUCGCCGAAUUGGUGUACACCAUGCCAACGAGAGGCGUUCGAAAGAGGUGAAGCGGUUCGCGCAGAGUUUGGAGCGAUUGGUGGCUCAAGCUCGCGAACGAAUCGAUUUGAAUGUGAUUGUGGUCUCGACGCAUGGAUUAAUUGAUGUGCCAAGGAAAAAUAUAAGAGUCCUCGAUGAGCACAUUCCAAUGGAGCUAAUCGAGAAUACCAUCGGAAGCGGUGCAAUCAAGCAGUUGCUCGUCAAAAAAGGCAAAACCCAUCAAGUAUUCAGCCAACUUCGCGAGCAUCAUCCGAUUCCCAACGUCAAAGUCUACUAUACGUCGCCAAACUCUGGCGACAUUCCGACGCAUUACAACUACAAAAAGAGCGACGUUGUGCCUGAUUUGGUGCUGCUCGCCGAUCCUGGAUAUGCGAUUGUCACGAAGGACGAGAGAAAACAAUUUCCGCGACCGAAUUUGCGCGAAAUUUCGGCGGCCAUCGACGGCUACAACAACGAGUUGCCGGGAAUAUCGGGUGUGUUUCUGGCGUACGGUCCGGCGUUUCGCGUCGGCUACCGAAAAGGUCCCAUCGAGCUAUUCGACGUCUACUCGCUGAUGUGCUCAUUGCUCUCGAUUCAAUGCAAUCCAACGCCGGGACGAACCCGUCGAAUCGAUGACGUCGUGACGUCAGACACCCGCGUCGCGUUUCGCCGAUCAAACCCGUCGGCAACGACGCUUCUCAAUUUUUGCGUGCUCCUCGCCGUUUUACGUGUACUUCAAUUCAUCCAAUAA